AUGAAGGAGGUUGUGGAGCCCUUGAGGAAGAUGACUGCCUCGGACUAUGACAUUGCACUUAAUAAACCUCCCGAGUGCAACAGGUGGGGUUAUGAUUGCAAGUUUGAUGAAGACGACUGCGUGUCUCAGAUAUAUUUGGAGGAAUUGAAAGCUGCAGCUUCCAAGAUUGAGAACCCUGCGGCUCUGCUUCCACAUCAGAUCAUAUGCUAUGUGAACGAUGAGGAUCUCGGGCAAGUGGCUGAGCUUCAGUGGAACGCAAUGCUGGGGGACAUGAUCAAGGGCAUAGUCACAUGCAAAGCUAAGAAGAAGAAGAAGAAGAAUUUGAACAACAGCUUGGCUGUUUGUGAUGUCUGCCCCUCAAGAAUGAGUGGAUUCCCCAUUGAUGUAUUGGUGGGCUUGGGACUGUUAGUGUCUGAACUGAGUGAAGAGCCGGCAUGGAAAGGAAAGGUGAUCAACUUCAGCCGAAACCCUCGACUGCAUUGCAUACCACAAGGCUAUAGCCUCAAGGCCAAGUGCGACUUUUUGAGGAGGAUGGACUGCCCGGACCUGAAGGGAGAGGUUGAUAUUCAAAAGGUGUUUGAUUUGAUUCUACAAGUUGCUGUGCAUGGGAAUUUGAAGCCAGAACAGAUGAUCAACAAGGUAUUUGUGAUCACCACCUACCUACACUAUGACGAGGUUUGGGCACAUCCAUGGGAGAGUGAUUAUGAGGCAAUACAGAGCAAGUUCAAGGAAAAAGGGUACGGGGAUGUGGUACCACAGAUAGAGUUUUUGGAUGUGAUCGACUCCUCCUACUCCGAGAACCACAAGUUGGUCAAGUGGUUCUUGGACACUGAUGGGGAAAUCAUGGAAAGGGAUCCCGAACAGAUCAUGGAAGCAGAAAUCUCCCCCCUAGCCAAUCAAUCUCUGGUUGUAGUGGACUGA